AUGAUGCUGUCGGUGAUUCCGCUAGCGGCCAUCGCUACUAUGGUAUACGCCAAAUUUGUAGAGCAGCUGUCGAAAGACUACCAGAAGGAGCUGGCCUCGUCCACUGAAGUAGCGAGUGAAGCUCUGAGUAACAUUCGCGUUGUGAAGACGUUCCCUCGAGGGGAGGCUAAGGCCGAGACUCGGUACUCCCAUCAUAUAGAUAGGAGCUAUGCUAUCGGGGUUAAGAAGUCGUUUGGUCUAGGAGGCUUCGGCUGGGUGGUGGGUAUUAUGAUAUAUGUGUCGAUGACAGGCGUGGUGUGGUAUGGUGCUGGCCUGGUCCUCAGUGGAGACAUGCUCCCUGGUACGCUCAUGGCGUUCCUAUUCUACAGCGUAGGCAGUAUCGGAGGAUCUGUGGCGGGCCUAUCGGAGGUGGUCUCCAAACUAGCCGAGACGAUGGGUGCUACAGCCAAGGUCUUCGAGUAUAUGGACAGAGAACCACAACAGCAGGUCUCUGAGGAGGCUGACUAUGAGCCGAUUAUAUGCUCUGGUCGCCUCUCCUUUACCGAGGUUCGUUUCCACUACCCGAGUAGAGCGGAUAUCGAAGUGCUCAAAGGUGUGACCUUCAGCGUGGAGCCAGGCCAGACAAUGGCUCUGGUUGGCCGCAGUGGAGUUGGCAAAUCGACAUGCAUCUCCCUUAUACUGCGUUUUUAUGACCCUACGGCUGGGAUGAUCGCGGUGGAUGGGAGGAGUUUGGCGACGCUUAAGGACGACUGUUUGAGGAGGAACAUCUCUCUCGUGGCGCAGGAACCCGUGCUCUUCUCAACGUCCAUCAUGGAUAACAUUAAAUACGGCACGGAUGGAGAUGUCACUCGCGAGGAGGUGAGGGUCACCCGUUCAUAG